CAGACGGGGCGGCCGCGCGCGGGGAAGGAGGGUCCAGGCGAGCCGGACCCGCCCCCGGACCCCGCGCCUUGCCCUCCCCUCCGCGCGUUUACUUUGUUUAUAACUUGAAAAAUCCUCUUCCGUCUCCCUUCCCUGCCUCCUCUCCUUUCCCUUUCCUCUGCCAAUACAACUAGACCCGCGUGUGGCGUCGCCGGUGCCCAGCAUUCUGCGGGGCAGGCGGAUUAAUUGGAAUUCUUCAAAAUGUCAGGUGUAGUGCCCACAGCCCCUGAACAGCCUGCAGGUGAAAUGGAAAAUCAAACAAAACCACCAGAUCCAAGGCCUGAUGCUCCUCCUGAAUACAAUUCUCAUUUUGUACCAGGACCCCCUGGAACAGCUGUCCCUCCACCUGCAGGCUACCCAGGAGGCUUGCCUAUGGGAUACUACAGUCCACAGCAACCCAGUACCUUCCCUUUGUACCAGCCAGUUGGUGGUACCCAUCCUGUCCAGUAUCAGCCUGGCAAAUAUCCUGUGCCAAAUCAGCCUGUUCCAAUAACAUGGAUGCCAGGGCCAACUCCUAUGGCAAACUGUCCUCCUGGUCUGGAAUACUUAGUUCAGUUGGACAACAUACAUGUUCUUCAGCAUUUUGAGCCUCUGGAAAUGAUGACACGUUUUGAAACUAAUAAUAGAUAUGAUAUUAAAAACAACUCAGACCAGAUGGUUUACAUUGUAACCGAAGACACAGAUGACUUUACCAGGAAUGCCUAUCGGACACUAAGGCCCUUUGUCCUCCGGGUCACUGAUUGUAUGGGCCGAGAAAUCAUGACAAUGCAGAGACCCUUCAGAUGCACCUGCUGUUGCUUCUGUUGCCCCUCUGCCAGACAAGAGCUGGAGGUGCAGUGUCCUCCUGGCAUCACCAUUGGCUUUGUUGCGGAACACUGGAACCUGUGCAGGGCUGUGUACAGUAUCCAAAAUGAGAAGAAAGAAAAUGUGAUGAGAGUUCGUGGGCCAUGCUCAACUUAUGGCUGUGGUUCAGAUUCUGUUUUUGAGGUCAAAUCCCUUGAUGGUGUAUCCAACAUCGGCAGUAUUAUCCGGAAGUGGAAUGGUUUGUUGUCAGCGAUGGCAGAUGCUGACCAUUUUGACAUUCACUUCCCACUAGAUCUGGAUGUGAAGAUGAAAGCCAUGAUUUUUGGAGCUUGCUUCCUCAUUGACUUCAUGUAUUUUGAAAGAUCUCCACCACAACGUUCAAGAUAGAGAGAUACAGCAAAGCCAUCAACUAUGGUUAAUUUUGAAAAAUUGAAAAGUUGGAUUGGGCUUACAGUUAAUACUCAGUUAUUUGCAAAUGUAUUUCUUUGCUUUGUAGAGUAUUUUUAUUGGGUGUUAACUUUGACAGCUGAGAGUGUGCUUGCAAGAACACAAUCUAAAAGUGUGUUUCAGUUGAGUGUCUCUGUAGUAGAAUAGGAGUUCAUCCUAAAAAGCUGUGACUAAUUAACCCAGUAAACAUAUACAAAGUAAGCCUAAAACACUAUAAACAUGAGAUAAGGGAAAAUGAAUCCAGAGUUCUCAUAUUAAUAGAUAGUGAAAUAAUAAGGCUUUUUGGAGAAAACUUUGUUGGGAUAAAACAACCUGGCUCUGUCCCUAACCCUUUCCUACCUUCCCUCUCUGUCAACAUGUCCUCCUACUGAAGACAAACUUGUUUCAAUGAUAGUCUUCAUCUUUAAAAACAAAAAGACAAGCAGACAGAAAUAAUGAUGUUUUCUUGUACUAAGAAGGUACUACUUAUACACAUGUAUCAAGACCUCUUUCUGCAAAGUUUUUGAAGGUUUCAGUGGGAAAUUUGAUUUUAUUACAAAAUAAAACAUUUCAUUAAUGUUAAGGUUUAUAUAUUCCACACCUGUUUUCUCAUUUACUGGCAGGAUGAUCAGGAGCUGCCUAUGUAUGAAGGCAGAAUCAGACUAUCAGGAAAGGAGCUGGCCAGGGCCACAGCCAAUCAAGAUCUCUGAGCAACUUAGAGACUUUGGUGUUAUUAUAUGAAGCUUGCAUUUAAUACUUUAUACAUAAUACAUUUGUAAAUUCAUAACCUCUCUUGGUCACAGACGCCUUAUAUAUAAAAUAAGUUCCCAAAUCUCUAAGAUUGCCUGGUAUACCUUUUUAUCUCAUUUGAUGUGAUACCUAGAAGAGAUCAUUUUUUUUUUUUUUCCAAGAAGAUACUUGGUGAUUGCCAUGCUGUUCUCAUGGUAAGAACUGGAGUUACAAUUUUAAAUUUGGAAAUAUGAUAUUUUAUGUAGCACUUUAUAAAAAGUGAAAGCGACAAAGUCCACUGCUGCUUAAUACUGCUUUACUUCUUUUUAUUGCCAUGAUAGAUAAAUAUGUAUAUACACAGAGUAAUAAUAAUAAAACACAGCAAACAUUCUAUUUCUUCAUGGUCUACAGCAUGCCAUAAAUAAUAUGUAGGACCAAUAAUAAGUUAUCAGUUACACAUUUCUGUGUUAACUAAUUAAAAGCGUAGUGUAUAAGUGAGUACACUUUAAUUAACUUGCUUCUGUUGCACUUUAGUUUUCUACCUGCAUACGGACUGCAUUUUUUCAACACAGUCAGUGUAUAGAAUGGGAUGUAUUCUACUGCUGCUGCUUAUUAAAUAAAGCCUGAGUGUUCUUAGAUGGGGUUAUUCCGAGAUGAGGGUCUUAGCCUACAGUUCUUUUUGAAAUGAAAGAAAGGUGCUUGGUUUUUUAAUUAUAUUCAUUUUUCAGGGUAAAUUUGUUUUGCUGAGUUUCUUGUAAUGCUCAUUUUUACAUGCUGCUACUAGCUUUUUUUAAAAAAAAGUAAAAGUUGCUGCUUUCUAAAAUAUUAAUUGCCUUAUAUUUGAAAGUGCCAUUGUAAUCGUAAGUAGACUAUGUAUUUCCUAUAAUGAUGUCUGAUAUUUAAAUAGGAAAUCAGACAAACAAUAUUCACAAAGUUUAACCAUAUAAACUUUUUAUUUUUAACUUGCCUGAAUCCCUAUAUUCCAAAACCUGCUGCAUCAUAAUAAAUACAUCUAUAUAUAUUUAGCAUAAGAUGUGAUAUUUUAAAUUUCUUUUUGAAAAAAUUAUAUUUUUGUCUCUUAGAGUUAAAAUUUUCUUUCUUUAUAAAAUAUUGUCAUAUGUCAUAGUUUUAAUACAAUUCACAUAAUUUCUAUAUUUCUUAAUGAUAUUGUGUAAAAUUGAUCAGGUUGAUUAAAAAAAUUCUCUGGAA